AUGGCAAAUGCCAACCAGAUAUAUGCCUUAUUUCCGGGCUCUAACAAUAUAGAGAUUCCAACAGUAUGCGAUGACGAAUCAUUAAAGAAUCAUGAACAAGAGCUUGAAAGUAUGGGAGAUAGCAUUAAUACAAAUAUUCUUCGAGAGGUAGUCGAUGAGGAAAGAGAUGUUCUUACUGAGGAGUUCCAAGAAAAGUUGAGGAAUGACAGAUUUUAUUUGACAAAUCUUUAUGAAGAUAAAACAAAAACGAUGCUACCGCAUGCUGAUAACUUUAAGGCACAGGGUGAUCUUAACGAUUUUCAAGUGUACAGUCAAAAGGUAGAAAGAGAAUAUUUGAUGAGGGAUAAAUUGGAAGAACUUUUGAAGCACCGAAAAGAUCAAACACUAAAGAUACUAGACAACAAUGAACUCGUGGAUGAGUUUGUUGCAGGAAAAGAAGGCUCCUCCAUUUUACAGAAGCCUUCUAGAGUUAGGCGUAAGCUGAGAAAUUUAGUGGGCCACCAUCGUUCCCGAUCAGUAGCGUCUUCUUCGAGCUCAGUUUUUCAAUUAUAUCCAUUGGUACACACUAGGUCCGAAUCUGCAGACACACAAAUAAUUGAUUUAGAAAAAAAGCAAAAUUGGGUGAUAGAUGAUGACUAUGCCUAUUCGUUGGGUAAAAACGAUCAUAAGCUCCAGUUUGAAGAAUCUCACUUGAACUCUAGGCCCUCAAGGGGUCCAAAACAUCUGCUUAAUGCAUGUGAGCGUUUAUUGCCUCCAGAUCUACGGCGGAAUAGAAACCACGAAAAAUACUAUGUUCAACGCAAGCUUAAUAUUCGUCAUUUACAAAUGAUAGCAAUCGGAGCUUCAUUUGGUGUGGGGCUAUUUUUAUCUUCGGGAAAGGCGCUCUCAAUAGGUGGCCCUUUCGGCUCGGUGCUUGGAUUUAUCAUUUGUGCUAGCAUUGUUCUCGCAACAAUGCUUUCAUUCACAGAACUUUCGACACUAAUACCCCUCUCUUCAGGGUUUUCAGGUUUGGCGUCAAGGUUUGUGGAAGAUGCUUUUGGGUUUGCACUGGGUUGGUCAUACUGGUUUUCGUUUAUUAUUGCAUUACCAGGUCAAAUUGUCGCAAGUACACUUAUGUUAAGUUAUUAUGAACUCAUUAAGACGCAUCGCGAAGCCAUACCCGGAUUUGUAACGCUCUUCCUUGUGAUGACAGUAUCAGUGAAUCUUUUGGAUGUUAGGAUUUUAGCCGAAAUAAUAUAUGGUUUCACGUUCUUCAAAAUACUCAUAGCAGUCAUGAUGAUUAUUACCAUGAUUGUUCUGAACGCAGGGGGUGGGGAGCAGACGCAUCCAAGAAUCGGAUUCAGAUAUUGGGAUUCGUCAAAGUCUAUACAUGGGAUGACCUAUGGCCUUUUUAGACCAACUUUUGACUUGAAUGACUUGGGCAGCGGAAGUCAGAACGGGAUUGGUGGAGAUAAAGGCCGGUUUUUGUCUUUGUUAGUUGUCAUUUUGAUAUCUUCGUUUUCUUUUAGCGGUGUUGAGCUAGCUUUCGUGGCUAGUGGAGAAGCCAUCAAUCCACGCAAAACAUUACCAUCGGCUACAAAGCGUACAUUUUGCACGAUUAUCGUUCUUUACAUUGUGUCAAUAUUUGUUGUCAGUUUGAAUAUAUAUAGUGGCGAUUAUCGAUUGCUGCGAUAUUAUACUACUGAGGAUGAAAUUACAACAGAUAUGUCAAGCCUCAAGUCGAGUACAUUGUGGGAAAUUGAUCAAGUGUGCUCUAAAGAUUAUGCCUUCAGCUUACAAGACCUUACGAACGGCAAUCAAAGCCCAUGGGUGCUGGCGCUGCAAAGCUUUGGACUAUGCAGCUUUUCAUCUGUGUUCAAUGGAAUCUUGGUCUUUUUUGGAGUGAGUGCUGGUUGUUCCUCCUUAUAUGCUUCUAGUAGAACAUUGUAUUCCAUGGCAAUUCAAGGGAAAGCACCCCAAAUGUUUAGAAUAUGUUCAAAACGUGGUGUUCCGUUUGUAUCAGUGUUAUUUUCUGGACUUUUUGGAUUUCUUGCUUACCUUGUGGUCGAUGCUACAUCGUUGGAAACAUUUCAAGCUUUGGCUAACAUAUCAAGUGCCACUACUUCAAUUAUCUGGAUAGGCCUUAACGUAUCUUUUUUGCGAUUUUAUUAUGCUUUGAAGAAAAGAUCAGGAAUAAUUUCGCGAGAUGACCCCACAUUUCCAUAUCGUUCUCCAUUCCAGCCUUUCCUCGCUUCCUAUGGCCUGCUGGGCUCAGUACUUAUUGUACUUUUAAUGGGAUUCACAAACUUUCUUUCGGGCUUCUGGAAUACCAAAAUGUUCUUUUCUUCCUAUGGCGGAUUGAUAUUUUUCAGCGCUUGUUACAUUGGUUACAAAGUUUUCGGCACUUCGAAAAUUCAAAAGUUAGAUCAGUUGGAUAUGGAUAGCGGCAGACGUGAGAUGGAUCGCAUGAUAUGGACCGAGCAUAAUGAAUAUUCUAAUACCAUCAGAGAACGAAUUAAGCAUAUAGUCACGUGGAUGUUCUGA